GAGAGUAAGACUACAUGUAAAUUGUGUCAUCAUGUCUUUGUCUGUGUUCAUUACUGUAGUGUGGACGUUAGUGAGUUGUUGUCAUUAGAUGUUAAUAAUGGUGUGUUUUUAUCUUCUCCUUCUUCUCCACAUCACUGCAGGCUGCAGACUGGAAGGAAACGGAGAGACAAAACCGAUCACUGCAUACACAGGAGGUUCAGUACUGCUGCCCUGCUCCUGCACUGACCUCCACACCAAACCUGAGACACUCACAUGGAGGAAAAUCACAAAUGAUUGGGUAGAGAUAUCUCCUGAGAGAGAGCAGUUCAAAGACAGAUUUCAGCUGGUUAAUGAUCUCUCUUCAGGAAAUCUCUCUCUGCUCAUAUCACACCUGACUGAAGAGGAUGGAGGAGAUUACAUGUGUAGACUUACAAAGAGUCAAAACAGAUAUUUCAGACUCACUGUUAAAGGUUGCACAGUGAAUCAUCAGACAGUGACCGUGACUGGAUACGUGGGACAGUCUGUCCUUCUGCCCUGCUCCUGCUCUGAACUACAAGCCAAACCACACACUUUCAGAUGGGAAUUUUUAGAAGAUCACAAAGAAAUCUUCCCAAAGGGCGAGACAAAUCGCUACACAGACAGAGUUCAGAUCUUUAAUGAUCAUCUUCCAGUAAAUCUCUCUCUGCUCAUAUCACACCUGACUGUAGAGGAUGGAGGAUGGUACAGGUGCAAGAUCAGCAACACUGACUUUAAAGACAUCUUAGUCACAGUAAAAGACGCACCAACAAGACCUUCAGCAUCCAGACCAGUGAUCACAACAACUUCACCUAAUACUGAACCAGAGCGUCUUCCCUUCGUCCCCUUCGCCGUGGUGACUGUGAUCUUUCUGCACAUCAUCGUGGCUGUGGUCUAUUGCAGAACCAGAAAGAAAGUUUACUCUCCAGGUCCUGAUAGAGUUCAUUACAGCAGAGCUGAUGGAGAUGGAGCAGUGAGUCUGCAGUGGAGAAGAACUCGAUCAGCUGAUCCAUCAAUACAUUAAUAAACAGAUUUAUUCAUAAAUAGUCCUGCAUAAGUAGUUUUGUAAAUACCGGAGCUUCAUUUUUUAUUCACGAUUUGUCCUUUCCAACCUUUUAGACGUUCAGCUUUCAUUUUCUGCCUAAUAAUAUUUUAACUAAUCGUAGAAUAUGUGUGGUUUAGAUUUAAAAGUAGAUCAUUUAGAGUUUUAUACCUGAUUCUCACAUGCUUUUGAAGCCUGCUUCACUUUCACAAUAUUUACAUCAUUAAAAACUAGGCACAUUGUAUUUUUCCCCUCAGAAAAUAUUGUAAUGUUCUUGGUCCUGUAUUGUAAAUGCGAUCAGAACUGAUGUAUUCUGACUAACACUGGUGCACUUUCCUUUUUUACUUU